AUGGCUAAUUUCUCCAGUAUUCACAUUCUCUUCUUCGUUUUCAUCACAGGCGGAGCUGCUGUUUCCGCCACCGUCUUCACUUUGGAGAACAAUUGCCCUUACACCGUCUGGCCGGGAAUUCUCUCCGGCAACAGCAACACCCUCGGCGAAGGUGGAUUUCAACUGACUCCAGGCUCCUCUGUACAGCUCACAGCUCCUCCGGGAUGGUCAGGCCGGUUCUGGGGUCGCACAGGCUGCAACUUCGACUCCUACGGCCGCGGUAGCUGCGUCACCGGAGACUGCGGCGGCGUUUUGAAAUGUCUCGGCGGCGGAGAACCUCCAGCGACUCUAGCCGAAUUCACAGUCGGCUCAAGCGACUCCGGCAUGGAUUUCUACGACGUGAGCCUCGUCGACGGUUACAAUGUCAAAAUGGGGAUAAGACCCCACGGAGGAUCCGGAGAUUGCCACUACGCAGGCUGCGUCGCCGACAUCAACGCGAUUUGCCCUAGCGAGCUUCGGAUCAUGGAUCCGCAAAACGGAAUCGUGGCCGCGUGCAAGAGCGCCUGCGCGGCGUUUCACUCGCCGGAAUUCUGCUGCACCGGAGCUCACGCGACGCCGCAAACUUGCUCGCCGACGCAGUACUCGUCGUUGUUCAAGAACGCUUGCCCUAGCGCUUACAGCUACGCCUACGACGAUGCCACGAGCGUUUUCACUUGUUCCGGAUCUAACUACUUGAUCACUUUCUGCCCUACCCGUUCUUAA